AUGGCGGCGACCUCAGCUUGGGGACUCGGGACGCAUAAGAUGACCGCCGACUUGUCGGCGUCGACUCCCGUAGCCAAUUCCUCAACUGAAUCGCCACUAAAGGCGAAGAGCUUCGGCAUGGUAGAAGGCGCUACCACCGCCCCCAGUGCGUCAAACGGCACCACAGCGGUUAGCUCGCCAUCCGCAGCAGCAGCAGCAGCUUCCGCGGUCACGGCGGCAAACCACAGCACCACGAACAACGCCUCCGCGGCCGUGGCCUCUAACGGGGCGGAUCGGGUACCGGCGUCCGCGGGGGAAGUCGACGCGGCGGGGCAGGGGGAGGAGGAAGCUUCGGAGGUGGCGGCUGGGACAAGCUCGGACUCGGAAGAUGACGAGGAGGAGAAGGAGGAGGAGGAUCAGGGGAGGGGAGGUUCUACCGUUUCCAAACCGAGCACACCAGUAGCUGUGGAGGGAGAGGCGGAGGGGGGUGGGAGCAGGGAGCAGGAGCAGGAGGGGCCAAAGGAGGCGUUGAGUACGGAGGAAGCUGGUGGAGAAAAGCCGGCGGCGGAGGCAACCGUCAAGGACAAAGAACCGCCGAAGGAGGACGGGGGAGAAUCGAAGAGAGAGGAGCCGGAGGUGGAGGUGGAGGGGUCAGAGGCAAAGGAGGAGCUUGCAAAGGAGGAGGGGGCGAAGGAAGAGCUUGCAGCAAAGGAGGGGGGCGCAAAAUCGAAGGAGAAGGCGACAACAGCAGAAUCUAGCGCGACCAAGGAGACGACGGCGGCAGUGAAUGGGAAUGGGCCGGUGGAGAGCAACGGUGGCCACAGUCCCGCUGCCGCCGCUGCUGCCGCUAUGGCCGCCGCUGCCGCUGCCGCCGCUCUCACCACCGUUGCUUCUCCCGCCGCGGCCCCGGCUCCGGCCCCGGCGGCGGCGGUGGCGGCGCGUAACGCCUCCUCGUCUCCAGCGGCUUCUUCUUCCCCACGGCAAGAGGUGGACGAGCACGCGGCUCGAGCUUCGGAUGCCGCCACGGCGGCGCUAGCGGCGGCGCUCGCGUCCGCUACGAGGAGUUCACCGACGCCCCGUCCCGCUCGCGCCUCGCCACCGUCCAAGUCGCCCGUCCCUUCCCAGCAGCAGUUGUUGCCGAAGGCGGAGGAACGGGGUACGGCGGCGGCGGCGGCGGCGGCGGCUGUCGGGGCGGGUGAAUCGGCGGCCGGGGCGGGGAGAAGCGGAGGAGGGUCCGCGGGGAGGCACUCCACUCCAUUGAUGGUGUUCCGCGCGCCGCAGGGGCGAAGCUUGCCGCAAAAGUGCAGCGAGGCGGACGUGGAACGCGCGUUGUCUGCCGCGCACUUCGUUCCGGAUCGAUCGUCGCCGGCCUGGGGUGGCGGCGGGCCUCCUCUGCCGCCGCCGUUGCCGCUACCGACCGGAUCGAUGCCCUGCAUGGUGGGGUUCUUCAAGGUCGACGAGAAGACAGGAGUGCACCGGUGCGCGGGCAACUGGGCGAUGAACAAGGCGGACCUGCAGGCUGCCGAUAAGAACCGCGCGAGCCCGUUCGAGUUCAGGAUGGUGGAAGGGGGCGGCGCGGGGACGGGGGUGGUACGAUUUCCGCACACCGGGAAAUACCAGGGGCACUUCUUGGUGCGACAACCGCCCAAGCCGGUGUCCAAGGUGGAGGAAAAGGACCUCCACAUCGCGUUCGUCAAGAACUCGGAGGGCGGCUGGAACGUGGAGGGGCAGGGGAACAAUGUGUACGGAGCGUUCACCAUCACCGGCCGCCUCAGCGCCAACCGAGAGCUAGAGGUCUACCGAGCCUACCGGAAGGUCGCGAAGGCGCAGCACCGGCGCGCGAGCAGCACGGCGGGGGCUGGGGCUCCGCCGGGGAAAAGACCAGGGGGGGGGGGGUCGAGUAGCACGCCCGGCCUGCACGGGCCGAACCGAGGGAAGCACUUUUCGCCGGCCGCGGUAGGGGGUACUGGUUUUUCUGAUGGCGGGGGGUCGGCCAAGGCGGGUGACUCGGGGUCGGAGACGCCGGCACCCCCUAGCCGGAGAGUGAGCCGCACGCCGUCCAAGCUGAUCAACGACAUCGGCAAUGACGGCACGACGCACCUCACUCACGGGCUGCGGCGUUGUGUGACGGUGUUGAACAACUUGCGGGCUAUCCGAGGGAAGAGCGAGUGGUUCAACGAGCCGGUGGACUACGUCGGGCUCAACCUGCCGGAGUACACCACGAUUAUCAAACGGCCGAUGGAUCUUGGCACCGUGAAAUCAAAGCUGGAGAGCGGAGAGUACAAGAACACGGUCGAGUUUGCCCACGAAGUCCGUCUUGUUUUCAGCAACGCCUGUCACUACAACUCCGACGAGACGAGCGAUGUCCAUAUUGCUGCGAGGCACCUGUUGCACGUGUUCGAUGCCAAGAUGGAGGAGCUUGGGCCAGGCCUAGAUGACCCUCCUUCGAAGCGAAAAAAGUCGGGUGGAGGCGGCGGCGGCGGCGGCGGCGGCGGCGGCAGCAACAGCAACAGCAACAGCAACAACCACCACCCGUACAGCAGUAGCACAGGAGGCGCUGGCAACUUGGGCGGUUCCGACGACAGCGAUGAGGAGAUGCCGGACCGGAAUAGGAAGCGCAAGAGUUCGGACGGGGGCGGUGCUCACGGACGGGAAGGGGGCGGCGGCGGCGGCGGAUCCACGAGCAAGAAGGCCCGGGCUUCUUCGAAGGCGGAACGGGCGCAACCUAAGCCGGAGCCGCCGCCGCCGGUGGCGCCUUCGCCCGCUCCGGCCCCCACCGUGACCCCGGUCGCUGACCCGCAGCACCAGCAGCAGGUCUUGAUGAUGCAGCGCCAGAUCACCCAGAUGCAGGAGCAGCUUGCCUUGAUGCAAGGAGGGGUGGGGGCUCCGCCGCCGCCGCCGCCGCCGCCACCCGCUGUGGAAGCGCCUCCAAGACAGCCAUCUUCUGGGUCGAAACGAAAGUCGAAAGCCGGUACCGGCAAAGCGGGUGCGAGGAGUUCGAAAGGCGGGGCGAAGAGCGCGAAAGCAGGCGGUGGCGGCGGCAGAAUGGGCGGCGGCGGGUCUAGAGCGGCGCCGAACCCGGCGAAGGCCGCAGCCGACAAGGCCGCCAAGACCGCUGCGAAGGCCCGGAAAAACGCGGAGGAAAAGAAGAGAAAAGCGGAGGAGGCGGCGCGGGCGGCGGAAGCCCUCGCCGCCACCCAGAACCCUCUCACGUUUGACGAGAAGAAGGCUCUCAGCGUGGCGAUCAACAACCUGGACCAGUCCAACCUCACCCGCGUCGUGGAGAUCAUCCAGGCGCGAAUGCCCCUCGGGAGCUCCGACGAGGAGAUCGAGCUGGACAUCGACUCCAUGGACAACCUCACCCUACGGGACCUCCAGGGCUUCAUCAAGGACGUCAGCGACAAGGGCGGGGGACGAAGAGGCGGGGGCGGCGUAGACUCCGACUCCGACGGCGAACAGUGGUGACAAACAACAACGUGAUGAUGAUUUUGGUGUGACGGUUUUGUGGAUCGAUGCCUGGCGGGAGGGCCGGCGGUGGCGGGUGGGUGCCUGCUGGGCCCGCGCGCGGGCGGCAGGAUCUUGUAGUGGUUGUGUGUUGUGUGUUUUUUUUCGUGCGAUCGAAGCGACCGGCUUGACUUGUUUAGGUAGAGGUAAAGGUGGGGGGAGGGGGGGAUUGGAAACGGGAAAUUGGUACAUACAGCAGCACUCGUUGCUUUCUUUUCUGUUCUAUCGGGUGGGACCGAUCUGUACGACAAAAUCAUUCGUGGCAAGGAAAAUGGGAUGGAAUUUUUGCCAUGGAACGCGGCGCGACUGUGGCUUCCCGUCGUAUUUUCUUGGAUCGUACAGGGUCUUGGCGUGCGAACCGCCCAAAUCGGUCUGGUUCUGUUGCUCGCUGCUGUAGGCAGAAGAAGGAAAGUGGCCGGCAGGCAAGAGUCAGAACAUGCGCUCCUCCGCUCGCUGCAGUUGUUCUUGCUGGCCGUCAAUUGUCGGUUGAUGGCGCAGUUGCUGACGUCGGUGCCAGAAAAGAUUUGAAACUGAAGACUGCACUGCCGCUGCUGUGGAAGAAAGCUAAAGCCGAACCGAACUACUUCUGGUCUGUUUGGGCGAUAACUUGGCGGGGUAAAUGGCAAAGAUCGGACUGAUAUUUUUGGGCAAGCGGCUUUUUUCGGGUGCUUUGCAUUACAUGUAUGCAUAUGCUUGCAGGGCUGAAUGUAUGUUAGAGAGAGGGUUCCUGCGGGAGCGGGAGCGGGGGCUGGCAAUCCCGUGCGUUGAUUGACCCAGGCUGACGAGCCUUCUCAACUCUUUUACUCGUUCAUCGCUGGACGUGUUUGUUGCGUUUGUGCUUUUUGGGAGUUGAAUAGACGGGAGUAGCAAUGAGAACGCGCGCUUUUGAUGCCGCUCCCUCUUGCCCCUUAGGCACGGAGUGCGUGUUGGUUUGGGCCUCUUUUGUGUCCCUGUCCUUCUUUGUGCAACUAGGCCCUCGCAUUUGCUUUGUGUGUCGACUCGAACUCGGUAUGUUUCCCUUCCUUGGCCCUGCUGUCGGGAAGAAGGUGCUGUGGGUGGGAAACGUUCGACAUGAGAAUGAAAAUCACGUGGUACGAACUUGGAAGUGAACGCUGGGGGCAUUGUGAACAACAGUCAGUGAUCUUUCUGAUCUUGGUUGGGUUGUGCUUGUUGCCACCCUACGUGAAGGAAGUAGGUAGAGGUUGUUGAUGCUGCGUGCGUGCGUUCGUUGUCGGUGCUGUACCGCUGCAGAGAAGAGGUGUGUGUGCCGUUUGGCUGUGGGUAAGGUGGCACGACGAUGGGUUGCACUUGGCUCAGCCGGCACGGUCGAGGUGUAUACCCUCGCCCGUCCGUUGUCUGUUUUUUUUUCGCGUGGUAGGCGGUAUCCAUUUUUUUUUACCGCGUGCUGUGUCGCUGUCCCUCCCAGCAAAUCGAGGCGUGGUAUUAGGAAGAGGUGGUAGAGGGGAAGGGCUUGACCGCUGUUGACAUUCCGCAGGGUCAACCCACCCUUUUUGGGGGAAGAGUGACAAGGGGGGGGGGGGGGAGUGUGCCACAAGCAAAAAAAACAGACAGACGGGGGGAUGUGUACACGUACUGCGCGCUCCGAGUUUCUUCUCUGCUCUCUGCUUGGGAAGAAGUGGGGGGGGUUGAUUGUGUUUUGCUUCUUACUGUCGCGAGCGGGGGGCGGGGACGGGGGCGGGCGGGCACCUUGUUUCUUGUUGACGAAACGUCGUAGGCACGCAUGUACGCCCCGCCGAGUAGACCAUGGGAGCUUGGCAAUGACAUAGAACUGCUGUAUUGAGGGAGCCGAUGAAUGAACGCAACGUUAGGCUACGGAGCAAUUGUAAGUUCUCAACCGUUGGGGGCGGGGGGGAACAAAGACAACACGCAACGGCAGUAGUAGUAGUGGUGGUGGUGUUUGAAAACGUGGUGGAUAAGAGAGGACAAAAUGACAACGACAAUUUUUGUGCGGGAGAAGCCAGCAGGCCCGAGAACGCAAACAAAGGCGGAGAGAUCAUGGUUUGUCGAUCCCCUCCGUUGCAUUAUACGUGUGGAUUUCAUUGUGGUUCGGUUAUUAUUUAUUCAGGGAAAACUUGAGAAAAAACGACUUGAGGUAUAACAUCCCGGGUUGAGUACAAAACUUGAGAAACGCUCUGGUCUUGUACUUCACUUGUAGCUGUUGGAGGUAGUCAACACCAGGAGCGUAGGUGUGUACCAGCAUGGUGAAAAAAUGGCUCGAUCGUGUUGGUGCAAGAAGAGUGAUCUGAGAUAUAUGUAUGCAUGCAGAUGAUAUGAACUGAAGGAAGGGAAAAAACACAAGUAGGUGCACCACCCAUAGUGAUGAGGGGUGACUGAAACGAAAUGUACCUGUGAAAAUCAUGGGUUCGGGACCCAUCGAAAAAUAUGAGAGAUU